AUGGCCAUCCCCCCCCACGACCGCAUGGAGUGGACGGCCAAGGGACAGUUUGUGAAGGCGACCCCGCAUGAGUGGCUCUUCUCUGACGUCUCUAUCAAGCCCGCAGAUGGAGUCGGCCCACCGUGGUACGGCCGGGCCCUCGUGCUGUUCCACUACCUUGACGAUGCAGGUGUGGAGGGUCGUGCCGCCUACAUUCAGUACUACACCGAGCACCCGCGGCCAUGCCCGGACACCGGGUGCAAGCGCCUGAGCCCAACGACGGGCAUCGACAACUACGCUGUCAUUGACAUGGAUUGCAUCCUAAGCCUUGCCCAUGUAGUCCCAAGCUGCACAGAGCCUGAGUACCGGCUUGUUAACCGUUUUCUCUUCUGACUCGACAUGCACGUGUCCCCUGC